CAAAGCUUGUAAAGGCUUAGUCUGUAAAAUAGAACUCAAGGUGUAUAAUUAUGCAAAUAAUUGUAUGGUAACUUCUCUGGUGCAACCCUUUCUGCAGUGAGGCUUUAUACUUUUUUUGUAAUAUGAUAUUCGAAGAGACAAAGUGAUGAUUUUUUUAUGGUGAAAUACAAUUUCUAUUGGAUAAGGAAUGUACCAAAAGUUAUCCUUAAAACACAAAUCUUUUCCUCUCUUGGGAUUUGAUGGCUUUUAUUUUCAAAAAUAAGAGGUUGCAAAUGUCCGUCACGCCAACAGUACCAAACACAGUGUGCUUAAUUUGUGUCUUAACUCUAAAAUUCAUUUCAUCAGUUUCAAGUCAGUGUUCUGGUUCAGCUCUAACAUUAACAGCAUCAGACGAUCUUACAACAGUGACCUCUGAUGGAUAUAGUUCCGGUUCAUAUGCUAAUGAUUUAUCAUGUUCAUGGUUAAUAGACAGUGGAAGUUCAUCAGAAACCGUCAUCGUCUUCAUCACCCAUUAUGACAUCGACGCAUCAGAUACAAUUGAUAUUUACGACGGGUUUUUAACAAGCAAUUCAUCCCUCAAGUCUGGUCUUACUGGUACCGGAAACGAUAAAGAGGUUUUGACGACGGGUCAGUAUGCUCUAGUUGUAUUAACUACUGACUCAUCAGGACAAGCACAAGGAUUUUCUUUGCAAUAUGUGAAAGCUGCAGACUUGUCUGGUACUGGUUGUACAGCAGAACAAACCCUCACUGCGACCAGUGCAGAACAGUAUUUAACAUCGCCAGCUUUCCCUAGCAGCUAUACGGGAAAUUCCAAUUGUCGGUGGUUAAUUGAAGCAACUGAGGGAACAGUGUAUUUUGAAUUAAUGUUGAGUGAUAUUGAAUCGUCCCCUAACUGUGGAUUUGACUACCUAAAAAUAUAUGACAGUUCCUAUGUUUGUGAACACACUUUAACAGUAGAUGCCUGUACUAGAUAUCCACUCGGAAACACGGCGACAUACACUAGUAAUGGUACCAGUGUUUUAGUCUUGUUUGUUUCGGAUGCUACAGUAGGAUACAAAGGUUUCAAACUAAAAUAUUCUGCAGUAUCAUCAACGACAACAGUAGCGACUCAAACAGCAGCAUCCGAAGACACAGGUUUUGCUCUUGGAAUGGGUGUUGGUGUAGCCACAGGCGUAGUUUCAACCCUGAUGGUUAUUGGAAUAAUUCAGAUAAUUAAAAGCAGACUUCAAGCGUCUAAGUUAGGUUCACCACGGGUAAGAAACGUUCUUCCAAUGCAAACUCCUACAAGUUUCGGAGGAAAAACCCCAACUGGGAAUGGACAUCUGCCAAAUGGCCAUAUUUUGAGAAACGGUGAUAUUCCCGGAAGUCAAAGAUUUUCAGUGACAAGUUCAAUAUCUUCUUCGGGAAAUUCCUCCAGAAACGGUAGAACUCCGUCAACAGGACACAGUUCUCCAAAUCAUUCAGAUACGCAAAAUAAACUGAAUAAUAAUUAUAAAAGAAACGGUGUACUACCCACAAACAUCGGACAUGUUUAAUUCUUAAUUAUUUGUUUACUGGUCAAGAAAAUCUGAAAGGGAAUAGUAUGUACAGAAAGAGGCAUGUUUAGAACUAUUGUAUGCAUCAUAAUAUGGUUAAGUGAUUUCACCUCUGUUGUUCAUAGUUAUAUGUCGUAUUCCUCUUCAAUUGUUACACUUUUUCUGUUUAUUAGUUACGUUUUUGUUAUGAGUUAGUUUGAAUAGUUAAUAUAAUACUGACAACAACAAAAAACUGUCAAUAAAAUAACUAACCUGCUUUGUUCUUCUUCAGUUAAAUAAGUCUAUUACAGUUUUACAAUUUCAAAAAGGAGGUACAAUUGUUAAAGCAUGCCCACUAGUUUAAAUUUCUCAAUCACAGCAACGUUUUUCAUUAGUUGUAUUUCAUUCAGGUGGACCAAGAGGAUGUUGAAGUCGAUUGUGAGUCAAGGUAACGGUGAUGCCGAUAAUAAUUUGCACGUUCAAAUAACGCAUUUUACAGAUUUUUUUCUGGACGACAUUUCACUAAUUUUUCUUUUCUAAUGAAAAUGACUUCACACGUAAUAUUUUGUGAUCUUUUGUUCCUCUAAAGCAGGUUUUUGUAUUUUCACUUCGAGCACUUUGUUAGAAAGACAAAGCAGACACACCUUUAUUGGUCUGUUGCUAGUAUUAUCUCUUUUAAAUUGCAAAUCUGUUCACAAGAAAAUGCUUACGGACUAAAAUACAGAUCCUUUGUCCAAUCUUUGAUGACAAUGAUCUGACAACACUCCGUUAUACUUUCUGUUCUUGUAUUUAUUGCAUCAACCAAUGGAAUAUCAGCCUUCAAAUUUUUGAAGGCCGAAUUAAUCCGACAAACUAGAGGAUCUCGAAAGUUAUCAGAACCGAAAGUAGAACAGAUUGUUGUUAGGUUCUUUUAAGCACAACUUGGACACGUGAUUUGAACUUUAAUCAAAUUGAAGAAAAUGUUGAGCUCACUGAUCAAAGUCUCUUGGAAAAAGUGUAACAACUCACCUUCUUGACUGUUAACCCUUCCAGGAUAGCAGUUUUCAAUUUACAUAUAUUUUGAGGCUAGGGUUGUGAUAGUAAAUAUUUUCUUCAAGAAAACUGUAAUUACGAUAUUUUUUCAAUUGAAACCCAUGAAUGUUUUUACUGCUUAAAUUUUAAGAUAUAUCAUUUUCACUUUAUUCAAAACUUACAUUGAUGCCUGUAUGAUAUGUUCAUUGAUGAUUUAUAUUACUUAUUAUAAUUUAUAUUAAGGUUACUGACAAGUUUAUGUUUCGUAUGAUGUUUCCAUUUUUCACUCAUUGUUAUUGAAGAAGAAUUAUUUUAAAGAAAAAUGCAUGAAAUACUUUUUUCACCUAUCUGAUGAAUAAUAAAUUGUAUAACUGUGUUUCGAUAAAAAGUUAAGAACUGAAGCAUGUUCAUGAUAAUGUGAUGAUAAGAUUUUCCCUGUAUCGAGUUUAAUCCAUCGAAAUAUUUUAAGGUCAUGAAAUCAAUUAUUAAGAUUAUGUAUAAAUAACAAUGCUCUUUGAAGUAAAGAAAAAACAAAGACAAACUUAUCAUGUGUUUUGAAACUUAAUAUGUAGAUCUUUAAAACUGUGUAAGUAUAAAUACUAUGAGGGUUGAACAAUAUUAUAAGACUGGUACCUUUGAUAACUAUAGCCUACGAUUACUAUUAAUACGUAACCUCGAUACAUUUCUUGACCAAGUAAACAUUGGAGGAAGAAUAUCACUGCCGGGCUUUUGCAAUGUUUCAUCAAUCAUUUUGUAUAUAUAUUCUUAUUAUUAAAUGUUAUGUAAAUUGUUAUCUGUAUAUAUAAAUAUAAAUGUUAUGAAUUGUUAAACCUAACAAUUUUCAAAUUAUGUC